AUGAAAAUAAACAACAGUCCGUUGCGUGGUCUCCUCGAGCGACGUGAGGACGGCGUCAUAGGGCUGCACUCGCUGCACUGGUCUCUCGCAGGCGUCGGUGUGCUCUUGGCGACGAUACCUUUCCUUCUUCAGAGACGAGAUUUAGUUCCACGUACCAUACAGCCCGAGAGUCUCCAAGGGGGAAAAUUACCCUUUCUAUACAGCGCUUCUACUAUCCAUCUUGCAGUCGACAUGGUCCGUGUGCAAGUGGAAUGGACGACUUGUGUCAUGCCGCUACUCUCCACUGGUCGAAUGUGCGGUACUCUUAUGCAAUUUCCUUCUUCAUGCAGAAGGGCGUCAAAUCUCAGGCCCGAGAACCUGAUAUAG